GGAGGAGCGCUGGAGGAAGGAGUUUCUUUCGCAAGACCUCUCAGGAUGGCAGCAGCGGCCGCGAGCGUUUCGUCCGCGCCAGCCAUUGUGCCCUAGGACGUCUCAGUAAACAACGGACAUAAGUACAUAUGCAGGUCGUGAAGAAAUUUCUGUUCGAUCCCCGAUGCGUCUAAAAAUUGCCACACCGCAUGUGAGAAAUAUUCAAGGCGAUAGAGAGAUGGGAGGGGAGAUAGGAGGAAGGGCGAAAGUCUAUCGAGAGGUGCCGGGAGUCGACUCCGAAGAUAAUAAGAUUUGGAGACACCUCAAAAGAGGGGAGAGAUGUAAGAAAAGGGAAAACGGGGAGGAAGGGAAAGGCGAUGAAAAUCGAAAUGGAUGGAUGGGGAUGGGGGGGGAGAGGAGAGAGGGAGGAAGGGAAAACGGAAGUAAAGUGGGAAAGCACAAGAAUGAGGGCGAGAGGUCGAAGAGGUUCAAGAUCGGUGGGUUUGUGAUUCAAGCGGGCAGGACAGUUGCAGACAAAGAAGGAAGAGUGCGUGAGCAGCUGAAAGGUCGGGCGGGGAGGAGGGAGAGGGAGAGAGAGAUAAGGGAGGAUAAUUAUGUUCGCAUGAAGCAGAAAGCGAACUUUCAGUGGACGGGAAGAGAUGUGGGCGAGAAAUGGAAGAGAGCAAGCAAGCAAUGGGGGGAGGAGAGGGGUUGGACCGAUUUGAUGGGAUGGGAUGAAAUGGAUGGAUGGAUGGAUGGAGAAUAA